AUGUGGGGAAGUGGUGUCUGGUCGAUGGAUAGCACUUGGGUCAGUCUUAUCCGGUUCCCCUGCAAGGGCAUCCAGAUCACUUACGGCAGCAACCCCGGAAGCCCUCAGACUCUUGACUCCUCGGCAAGAUCAUCAAGUUCGCGCUCCGGAGAAUCACCAGACAGCGCGACCUCACCAUCUGGAGUAACAGGAACCAGCGCGAGCUCCUCCCCAUCUCUUGCUGUUUCUCCUCCCGGUGCAAAUUCGUCGACUACAACUACUCUUUCAGCAACUACUUCGUCAUCCACUACUGAGUCAGCGACGGUUCGCGCGACGUCUUCAUCCACCUCUUGUUCGGCCGCGUCGUCAUCUUCGUCUCCCCUCUUUGGAGGGUCGCUCUCCACGCCAAAUGGAAAAGCUGGCGGGUCGAUUGCUGACGACUGUGACGCAAAGAGGCGCAAACUGAAUAUGAGCCUCGAACUUGAAGACUUCACUAUGACCACUCCCAGUCCCACAUCGAAGUUCUUGCAGGAGCGAGGCUGUGGCCAAGGUGGAGAAGUAGAGAUGAACUGA